AUAACUACCUGGUGCGCAUUGUGAUUGUUAUUGGUACUACCUUUCAAUGGUACCUGCUGAAUGAUAUAUUAAAAUUUGGAAUUUUGUACGACUUUAAAUAAAUAAAUAUUGUGCUAGACCUUGGACUGGCCAUUCGUUGGUUAACUUGCACAAAACUAGUUUUGUUUUGUCAAAAAAUGCCAUAGUUAAAUAUGUGUAUAUAUAUAUACAUUUUAAUGUUAAUUAUAUUUACUCACUGAAAUGAUAAGAUAACAAUACACGACGUUUAUGAUUCACUUUUAUCCAGAAACUUAAUUUGUGCUGCAGAAAUAGAUUUUUUUAUUAAUAUUACGACUGUAAAAUGUGAUAAAGUGUAGAAAUUUAAGUGAAGUGUUAAUCAAAAUGUAUUCCGACGACCAAAGAAGACCAAAUCAAGAGCAUCAACUUGUUAUCGACCGUGUUGUAUCUACGCAACCGGAACUUGGACCCACCAUACCAGACGGGGGAUAUGGAUGGCUAGUCUUCUCCUCUUCAUUGUUUUUUCAGGCUGUAAUACCAAGUUUAACAGUCAGUCUUGGUAUAUUUCUGGCAUUUUCGAGACUUCCGGGGUUAUCAAAAAAUGAUUCGAGUCCAAAGCUAUGGGAUGACACCUUUAUGUACACUCCAAUAUUAUUUAUAUCCAGUUGGACAAUUUUUGAUCCAACUUCUAGAUAUCUCAUUUCAAACAGCACGUGGCCAAGGUUAGUUGCAACUGCAGGUACAUGUUUGACAUGUGCGGGUCUUUUGUUUUUGUGGAUGGGUCUUGCGGAAUAUACUGGAAUUAUUUUAUUUCCUCUAGCAGGAAUUGUUUGUGGUAUUGGUGCUUCUAUACAAACAGCCCAGUGCGAAAUUCUACUGGCCCAAUACUUCAGAAUGAAACAUGCAAUUUUGGCUAAUAUUUGUCAAGCCGUCGCAGCCUUGGGAUUCGUUGUGGCACCUAUCGCAAUUGGACAUAAUGUUUUAAAUACUAAUUUGCUUUAUGUGAUAAUGUGGUAUCAAGCAAUCAUACUACAAGGAUUAAUUUUCAAUUUGGUGUUCAGAAAACCAGCUUAUUUGAAGUCCAAACAAAGAGAUGCCUACAAAUACAUAGCACCAAAUCCCGAGGACGAAGAAGAUAUUUUGUCAAAAAAUGCAAAAGAACUCCAAAUAAAAAGACAGAACAGCACAGGGAGCCGCACAACAGUAGAAAAACAUAAAUUGCCUACUCCGACUGAAGAGGCAGUAGAACCAAGUAGCAGUAACUCGAAUGGAAUACGAAAAAACUGGGAAACUUUUGAGGAUAAAGAAGAAGAUUCAGACUACAACAAAUACAAAAUAUUGAACCAAGAUUGGGAAACUUUUGACGAUCAAAAUGAAAUUAAUAUAGAAGCGAAACCAAAAAAAAACUGGGUCAAUUUUGAAGAUGAGCCAAAAAACAGUGAGAAUCUUCAACUCGAAUUAUCACUCGCAGAAGAGAACAGAAAUGUACCUACUACAAGUAUAUCUGGAAUACCUAUGCCUCUGUUUUCCGAUUUACCUGUUAACAAUAACAAUACUUAUUCUUAUGAUGUUAUUGAGGAUUCGCAAGAGGUCACAUCCGCGGUAUUUAUGCCAACAACUCUUCAAAAACCAAGAUUAUUAUCAGAUAAAUUAUCAGAUAGACUAGAAAUACUAAAACAACCAACUUUUUACAAGUCUUUUUUGACUGUUUUGACAACAAAAUUUUCAAUAUUUGUCUACUAUAGCCUGUUUCCAUUGUAUAUAUACCAAGAAUUGCCAAAUACUCCUAUGAAGGAACUUUCAACAUUGAUUGGUUUGUUAUCACUGACAAGUUUAUUCUUCACGUUUAUAUCACAUUGGAUAAACAUAGAUAAAAAGAGAAGACCGAUAUGUAUCUGGACGUUGUGCUGGAUUGGAGCCUCAGGAUACUUCAUGAUAGCGGACUCCAAAUCGAAAGCAGUAUUGAUAUUUGGAGCCGUUCAAGUACUUCUCAGUAUAUCAACGCUGCAGUAUGUGGGAAUGCCUAUCUUGGGGCUAACAAUAAGAGGGGAAACCAAUAAAGAGUUUUGUUUAAUUAGUGUGAUGAGCGGAGUUUCGUUUAUAUUCUUUUUGGUAUUUGAUACUUAUUUCAGGACUUGUUUUAAAUUGAUGGGACUGCUUCAUUUUUUCACUGGAGCUGUUUGGUUCUCAAAUUUUAUGUAUAAAAAAUUCAAAGUGUAGAUAGUUUUGUAAAAAUAAUUUUCAAAUAAAAAUAUAAUACGUAUAA